AUGUUUGUCCAAUCAUACAGAGACUAUAUUCCCAUAGAAAUUGUGCGAGAUGCCCUGAGUCGACAAUCACCGGACGGGUACCUAAUCAGCAAUUUUUUGUGGGAUGUGUGUAGCGUUCGCAGAAACAAAAUAGUUUUCAAAAAGACCCCUUCCUUGAGACAGGAGUCAGACCCCAAUUCCUUGAGACUCCUGCCAUUCCUUGAGGUUCUGCGAACGCUAGAUGUGUGUGCGCAGGGUUUCCGACGCGACAGCAUCCAAGUAGGGUAUUUCACGCGCAAUUUUGGUUACUUUAGCCAAAGGGGAAUUAAAGGUCCUAGACCAUUAGUUGGUGUGGGAAACCUAUGGGAGAUGUUAUUCACGUCAACGCAUGAGUUGGUUGCGCAACGAUAUGAGAAAUACGGCAAAAUCUACGGAAUAUUCGAAGGCAAUAGACCUGUCCUACAAGUGGGUGACCCGGAACUCAUCAAACAGAUUCUGGUCAAGGAUUUCGAUAAAUUUGUGGAUAGACGGGCCGACUUAAAGGCUAAGCACCCCAUCAUUGACCGGCUUAUGGCCAACACUCGAGGGGACGAUUGGCGACAGAUUCGCGCGACAGUCAGCCCAUCCUUCUCAUCGGCAAAGAUGCGGAAAAUGUAUCCAUUGAUGACACAGUCGUUGGAGGAGUUACUCGACGUUUUGGACACUUAUGCCAAACAGAGGGCAGACAUUGACGGGACGGACGUGUUUGGCUGCUUCACGAUGGAUGUGAUCGCCAGCUGUGCCUUCGCUACAAAGACCAACGCCCAUAAGGAUCCCAACGAUCCGUUCGUUAAACACGGAAAACAAGUGCUCAACGUGUCGUUUCUCACGGUAUUAGGCCUGGAUUUGUUUCCAGCGUACGUAUUGACCAUGCUCAAUAUUAAAUCCAGAUUCAAUGAGUUAGCAAUUCAAUUCUUCUUCGACAAAGUCCGACAGGUAAUCAAAACGAGACAAAACUGUGGCCAGAAGUACAACGAUUUUAUCGAUCUCAUGAUGACAGCCGCGAAGGGUAGGGAUAGUCGUCAGUAUGAGAAUGACAUCCAUGAGGCACACCAUGAGGGGUUGGCUGCCGAGAAGGCCUUAUGGGACACAAUGCCUACGAAUAAGUGGUUAACAGAGAAUGAGAUGCUCGCCCAGGGAUUCCUUUUCUUUGGCGCCGGAUAUCAGUCAACGGCUUCUCUGAUGGCUUUCUGUGCGUAUGAAUUGGCAGUCAAUGCACGCAUUCAGGAGAGACUGCACGAGGAAGUGGUCUCUUCGGACACCACUAACGGCGAGAUUGACUACAAUCUGUUGGCGAGACUCCCGUAUUUGGACGCAGUCUUAGCCGAGACAUUACGACUCCAUUCGCCGCUACCGAAACUCACGAGAGUUGCCUCAGAAGACUACCAAUUAGGCGACACCGGGAUUACCGUACAAAAGGGCCAGUCGUUGGAUAUUCCUAUUUAUGGUAUCCAUUACUCGGAGGAGUAUUACCCGAACGCAGGGGCGUUCAUACCCGAGAGGUUUUUGCCGGAAAACCGACACAAUAUGACUCCCUAUACGUACCUACCGUUCGGUGCCGGCCCUCGUAAUUGCAUUGGUAUGCGAUUCGCGUUAAUGGAGACAAAGUUAGCCCUGUUUCACAUGAGUAGGAGGUUCCGGUUUGUAAGGACUUCCCGCACACAAGUACCCCUUACGCUGAGUAAAUUUGCUCAGGCCAAAUUUGUUAAAUCAUUAAUUAUUGGCAUUGAAUCAAGAGAUUUAUUUGCUAAAUAA